AACACUAAACCCCAGUGUCUUUAGGCCGAAUGAUUGCUCUAAAACUCCAUGUUUUCCUUUAGCUCUUGACCGAACCCGGUGGCGAUUGAUAGUUGCAGCACGGCCAAAUACUCGUGCGGUGGUGAGCGGUGAGUUUCGCUGUUUUGCACCGUACUGGCGCUAAACCUCGCCGCCGUGGAUACUGCGAUAAACCCUUCUUGAAAUCCCUAGCAGAGAAAAUGGCUUCAAAAUCAUAUAUAAUAUCACCACCAAAUCUCCCAAGUCAAACGAAACACUUUAUCCAAAUCUGCCAAUCAACAACAAACCCACUUCCCAAUUUGCCUAAAAAUCUCAUCUUGACUUCACGUCCAAAAAAAUUAAGGUUGUUUGCUGUGGCAGAAGAGCAAACCUCAGCCGCCAGGGGGCUUGACGUUGACAACAUUCCCAGAACUGUGAAUAAUGACGAGCUCACAAAGAUUGUUGAAGAACAUGGCGCUGUCGAGAAAGCGGAGUGUAAUUCUAGUGUUUCGUCGUCACCAUUCACGGAGAAGCACUCAUUACAGAGGUACCAAAGGGACCACUGGGUCUAUAACAACAACAAUCACCGGCUGCAAUCUCUUAACAAUGAUGACCAUGCUGCGUCUUGCUCCGUCCCGCCUGAUGCUGACUCCAUCAGGCUAAAUGACAUCACUUUGCAGCUGCCAGAGCUCAGGAGGCUGCUUCAGGUUUUGAAACAGAAGAGAGAGAGCUGUGGGGCCCUAGAACCCGGGACUGGACCAGGGAAUGUCUUCUUGGUGGGGACAGGACCUGGAGAUCCCGAGCUCUUGACAUUAAAAGCGGUGAGAGUCAUACAAAUGGCUGAUCUUUUGUUGUACGAUAGGUUGGUUUCUAAUGCUGUAUUAGACUUGGUUGGCCCUGAUGCUAGGCUUCUCUAUGUUGGCAAAACUGCUGGCUAUCAUAGCCGAACUCAGGAAGAGAUACAUGAGUUGCUUUUGAGUUUUGCUGGAGCUGGAGCUACUGUUGUUAGACUAAAAGGAGGGGAUCCACUGGUAUUCGGAAGGGGUGGAGAAGAAAUGGACUUUCUGCAACAGCAAGGGAUUCAGGUCAAGGUUAUCCCCGGUAUUACUGCUGCUUCAGGAAUAGCAGCAGAGCUGGGUAUUCCUUUGACCCAUAGAGGUGUUGCAAAUAGUGUUAGAUUUCUCACAGGUCACUCAAGAAAAGGGGGAACAGAUCCUCUCUUUGUUGCAGAGAAUGCUGCUGACCCUGAUUCAACUUUAGUGGUUUAUAUGGGCUUAUCAACCCUCCCUUCUCUUGCUCUAAAGUUGAUACAUCAUGGUCUACCACCAGAUACACCAGCUGCUGCAGUUGAGCGAGGAACCACACCUCAACAACAGAUGGUCUUUGCAGAGCUGAAGGAUCUUGCUGAUAAAAUCAAAACGGCAGAGUUAGUAUCACCAACACUAAUCAUUAUUGGGAAGGUUGUUGCGCUUUCACCAUUCUGGCCGCAUUCUUUGAAAGAAGCGCCUUGUGUGGUGGUCAAGGCCUAAAAGACGUCUAUGAAGCAGCUUAUCAAAUUAAUAAUUAUUAUGAGGUUGAUUUGUUUAAUUUGGCAUGUUAAGAGAAAGUGACGUCUCAAUUUCUUGGCUGCUUUGAGGCAUAGGCACAGCCAUUUUUGGUAUUUCUUGGACUUCUUAACAUAAAGCAAUACCAAAUUUCAUUAUACUUCGAAUUUGAUUUGUUUGACGUCCCCUCUUAAUACGUAAUCAAGAAUCAAAUGAACAUAGUUGCGUGAACAACUUGAAUA